AUCUGAUUUGUAAUAUGUUACUUCCUAUUGACAAUAUGUGCCAUUUUUGACUAAUUCUUCGACAGUUAUGCAUCCAUGCAGAUAGAGUAUAAAUAUGGCAGAAGGUGGAGCCAGUCCUGACCCUCCCUCUGGAGAUAGUACAACACCUUACCUGGUGGACUUCGACCUUAUAGAAUGCCCAAUCUGUCUUGAGCAGUUGCGUCGACCAAAGUGUCUUCCGUGCUUCCAUUCUUUUUGUGAGGAAUGUAUGAGUAGGUUUAUCGUUGAGGAGGUUUCGCGGACAAGUGAUACGGCGACUUUCUUUACCUGUCCGGUAUGUAGGCAGAUAACUCACCCUGUCGAUAAAUCUGAGGACACAGAAGACUGGGCCAAGCAGUUCCCGACCGACAGUCAUGCCGUAGAGAUGAUACAACUGACGAACCAGACAACACAGCCAUUACUCUGUAAACCAUGCCAGAGGAAAGGAAACAUGACGUCGGCGAAAUUCUUUUGUAAAGCCACACAAUCAUUCUUGUGCGAGUCCUGUAAAGUCGAUUUUCAUGAUAUGGUUCACACUGACUGUGCUAUUAUCGACAUAACGGGUUCAAACAAGUUCCAAGUAAUGCAGACAACAAAUGCAAUUUGUGACAAGCACAACAGGAAUAAGAUUUACUAUUGUGAAAAUCAUGAAUUUAUCGGUUGUAGUCAAUGUAUGAAUGUUAUUGGUCAUAGGGAUUGUGAAAAUGUGACAACCAUAAAGGAUUACUGUGGAAAAUGCGAAAGUAGACACUUAUUUGAUACAAAUAGGAAAGCUCUACGUCUAGGAGUGACCGACUUGGAAUCCCUGAUACAGGACUUCUAUCUACAACUUCAAAGCAGUGCAGACGACAGAGAUUCAGCACAUAAAAGCAUUGAAGACCUGCAAAAACAAAUAGAUCAACGUACUGCAGAGAAAAAAAAUGAGACCACAGAUGAACUAAUCUCUACAUACAAAGUGGAACGAGAUAACCUGAAAAUGUCCAUUCAGAAGUGUGAACGACUGAAGGCCGCUAUGCAGAAUACAAUUGGGUCGUCGACUAGAGCACAGCAGAUGAGCGACUUUUUGAACAUGGUCCUGUUCUACCAGAAAAGUAAGGCGGAGAUCAAGUCUUGCAGGGACUUAAUGGCAGAGUUGCGGAAGUCACUUUCAACCACCAGGAUUGAACAUGAAGUAAACUUUAACCCCUCGAGAAAAGACACAGUUCUGAACUUUGGGAAAGAAGUUGUCUGGAAGCAGCAAAGAGCCGCUUCAGUCGAUGUUAAGGAUAUUAAUCAAGUUUUAUCCAGUUGUCAAAUGAAAGAAAUAAGAAAGGUGAAUAUGAAAUCUCUAUCUGAUACCUAUGAUUGUAGGGGGUAUGGAGUUGUUUACUUUCCCGACGGUCGGAUUGUAGUGGGAGAUCAUUACAAGAACAAGAUCAAGUUACUUGAUGCCGAAGAUCAUGUCGUGGACGAGCUGAACGUUAAUGGGCUUGUAUGGGACGUAUGCAUGGUGGAUAACAGUACCGUGGCUGUCGUUACCGAGAAAGCAGACGGAAUACAUGUAGUGACAGUCGCACCAUCAAGACUUAUCCGGUCAUCUGAAAUAAAACCAACGUUGAGCUAUUGUUAUCGCAUAACGCACAGGAAUGGUCACUUCAUCGUGAGUCAGGGAUGUUACGUGUACAGUGUGAGCAAGGAUGGUACGACCCAGCAAAUACACCAGUACGACAGAACAGUGUCAGCGUUGGCUUAUGAUCCCAAACAUGGACACCUCUUUGUGGCAUAUUUCGCUGAAACCCAUGAUAGGAUGAUCGUCGGUAGGUUAUCCAAAAGUAACAAAUACAUUGACUUGGUGAAGGUUGGUGUUGUUGCAUGUGUCACGGGAAUGGACGUUGACUUGGAAGGUAACGUCUAUGUUUGUGGCUCCAACAAGGUGGUACAGAUGUCUGGAAACGGGACAAACGUCCGAGAACUAUUGGCGGCAGGAGACGGUAUCGCAGCGCUUCAGUCAAUCUCCGUAUGUGGGGAUAGGGUUUUGUUGACGAACUGCUCCUCGCAAAAGAACUACAUCCAAAUGUUUAAGCUUUGUUGAAAAGCUGGUGCAAAUGUUCCGAAGUGAACGUAAUGUCCAUACUUCUGAAACCAAUUAAAUGGAAACCUCAUCCAGCAAAUACUCCCGUUUGAACUGGUAUAUGGAUUGAGUCGGCUUACUUUUUCCUGUAUUCUGUUCUCUUUCUAGUGUUAUAUAUGUUUUUGUUUAUCAUGUAUCAUAGUUAGUAUGGGUUGUGACAAACCAGACAGUUGGCAUCAGAAUUCGUCUGUGAUAUGUAAUAUAUGAUUGGACGCUCGCUGGUGUUGCUAGAUUUCAUAUCAUUUAUCAUAUAUUUACAGUACAAACAAAUCAAGUGUAAAAGAAAUGCCACAUAUGUAGAACAUUAACACAUACAUGGACGAGCCGAUUACUGGAUUUCCCUUCUUCAAAUGGAUUUUUAAGCUGGAACACUUAAGGGCAAUAUUAACUGUCAAAUGUUAUAUGAAAUAUAUAAAUGUAUAUCAAAAUACAUGCACACUAUUAAUCUUCUGUGUGUCUGCAAGUGAGUAUUUGGCAAUUUGCUUCCUAGAUCAACUAGAUACUGUAUUGAAAACGAUUUGUGGCAACCGUCUUUGCCUACAUGCUUUUUUGGUUUACAUGUAU